UCGCUACGCGCACAACGCCCUCGCCCUCGCCCGCGCACAUCUCCUCGGCUGGCCCCUCCCCCACUCGGCGCCUCCCCGCUUCUGGUCGCCCCGCCGCUCGCCGCUUGCCGCGCCACCCAUUGCACUUCGCCAUGGACGCCUCCGAGUGCGCCGCCCCUCCGCCAUCUCCGAAGAAUCAGCCGUCGAUUGUGUUUCCGGGCGAUUUUUUGAUGGGCUCCUUGAUCUGUCGCAGGUACCCGCACAUGCAAGGGGGCGCGUCGUCUUCGUCGUCGUCCUGCCGCGCCGCCGACGCCGCCGCCUGGGACGCCGUGCAGCAACAGAAACGCCAGCGCUGCCAGGGAUCAUCAUCCGGUGAUAAAGUUGGAUCCUGUACAGAAAAUAACUCUUUCAAAACAUCUGAAGCCGAGCUACAGAAUUUUGACUCUGGUGAAAUUGAGGAAGAAGAUUAUUAUGUAGAUGAUGAAGAUGAAGGCUGCUACGAUGAUGACAAUGAAGGAUCUGACUAUGAAUUUGAUGAAAGUGAUUUCAAUCAGCAGCUGGCUGAUAAAUUUGACGAUUUAGAUCUGCCUCCUGGUGUGGAGGCUUCUGUACCAUGGUUGCAGAAAGCUGCAACUGAUGACGGCCCUGGCAUUUUUAAGUCAAUGUCAGAAAUAGAGGAUGAAAUUGGUAAGAAAUACAAGUUCUUCAAACAGUUUGACACUGUUGAGGAUUUCUCUGAUCAUCAUUAUGCUAAUAAACCUGUUGGAAAGACAGGGAAAGAGUGGACAAAAAGAAUUCAGCAUGACUGGAAACUUCUGGAGAACGAUUUACCAGCGUCCAUAUACGUCCGUGUCUCAGAGAAUCGAAUGGACCUUCUCAGGGCUGUGAUGAUCGGUCCUCAGGGAACACCCUACCAUGAUGGCCUUUUCUUCUUUGAUGCUCAAUUUCCUGCUAGUUAUCCUGCAAGUCCUCCAACUGUAUACUAUCAUUCUGGAGGACUUAGGCUUAAUCCAAAUUUGUAUGCUUGUGGAAAAGUCUGCCUUAGCCUCCUAGGCACCUGGGAAGGUCAUGGUUGUGAGAAGUGGAACUCAGCUCACUCAACCAUGUUACAAGUGCUAAUCUCCAUUCAAGCUCUCGUAUUGAAUGAGAAACCAUACUUCAAUGAGCCAGGAUAUGAAACAUAUGCCAAUAAUGCUAGUGGGCAGAGGACUGCCUUGGAGUAUAAUGACACAACAUUUCAAUACUCAUGUAGGACAAUGUUGUACUCGCUUCGUAGGGCUCCACAGCACUUUGAAGAUCUCGUUGCCGGCCACUUCCGAGAGCGCGGCCGUGCCAUUCUGGCUGCAAGCAAAUAUUACAUGGAGGGUAACAAAGUUGGGUCCGUAGUUCCUGACGAGGAUGAUGAGGACAAGGAACUGGAAAGCGCAAAUGCAGAAGGAUCCAGCUCCAGCAGUGCAGUGAAGCCGAAGAAUAAUCAGGUAGAUUUGCGUGCAGGCGCAGGUGUAGUUCGCCCUGCAUCCUUCAAGACCAACAUGGAGGUUCUGUUUGAAGAGCUCCUGAUGGAGUUCAAUGUGAAGGGUGCUGACACCAAGAAGUUCUGUGCCGAGAAGUUGAAGAAGAGCCAGCCUGCUGCUGCUUGAAGGAUCCGGCUGCAGCACCAGAUAUCUGUGGUGGUUCCAUAAUGGGAGUGAAAUCCAUAAAAUGAUGGUUUCAUUUCUUGCCUAACUAUAGGAAUGCUAUGUAGAUAUCUCUUUUUUUGCGCCCUUUGCCGUACUGGUCCUGUGGACUCGGAAGUGGAAAAAAGUGGUGGUUUUAGAUGCUAACUGAAGUGUCCACCCCCUUAGCUUUGGAAUAUCGUUUGCUUAUGAGUUACUAGUACGUGAGGCUACAUGUGCAUUAUGUAGCGAUUUAGUUCAUGAGGUCCUCCCAAUGUUUUAUCCUAGAUGCCAAUGUAGGAAUCAAGAGGGCAUGUCAAUACAUUCUGAAGGAUGGAGCAUUGGUUCCUUUUAGCCAAUAGCAGUUGGCAAGUGGCAA